AUGGCGAUGAUCACAGUACCUCACAAGCAGGAUGAGGAAAGGAGAGAAACGGUCCCAGUGGAAAUGAACACAGGUCAAGCUCUUGGGAUGGAGAUGCUUGCCACGUUUCUCCUGGGUUUCACUGUAUUUUCUGUGGAAGAUCAACGCAGGAGAGAAAUAAAUGAACCAGGGAAUUUAGCCAUUGGGUUUGCUGUGACCACUGCCAUCUUUAUUGCUGGGAGGUUUUCUGGUGCCAGUCUGAACCCAGCUCGCUCUCUUGGUCCCGCUAUAAUACUUGGAUAUUGGGAACAUCACUGGGUCUACUGGAUCGGUCCAAUCUUAGGUGCAGUGCUGGCUGGAGUGUCUCAUGAGUUCAUCUUUGCCCCCAGUGCGUCCAGACAGAAGCUGGUGGCUUGUUUGACCUGUAAGGACAUUGAGAUUGUGGAGACGGCCAGCGUGUCUCGAUCGUCCCUGUCCACUGUCACACAGAGCGCCAUGAGAAACAAACAAAGCAACAAACUGGAGCACAGCUAAGCUCACGCUCACUUCUUUCAGAAUGCAGGUUUUUACAUUUAG